AUGGCGAUAAUUUUUCUUACUCUCCAUUUUCAUCUUGAAAAUUCUCUCAUAUUUAUCUACUCCCUUCUCUCAUUUUUUCCAACAAAUCCUCCUUUUUUUUUCCUUUUGAACAUUAUAUCUUAUUUUCUACUAUACAGUUGCUCUCUUUCUAUAUAUUACACACACACUCACUCUGGAUCUUCUACUACUCACUCUCUCAUUUCCUUUUAUCACACACUUUCUCAUAAUUAUACUAUAUACUCUCUCCAUCUCUUGUGUCUCUUUGCCAUUGCCUUUGAUCUUUCCUCCACACACUACCCUCUUUCUCUCUUUCACACUCUCUCCGAAUCUUCUACUACCCACUCUCACUUUCGCUUUUUACACAUUCUCUUAUUCUUCUGCUACUUACACACACUCUGUCUUCCCUCUGUCUAUAACCCUCGCACUCUCCUUCUCUCUCUUUCUCUCUCUCCCUCUCUCUUUCUCUCUCUCUCUCUCUCUCUAAGACAGAGUCUUGAAAUAGGCUACAGUUAUGGGUGCACUCAAGAACUUUUCUUUCAUAGUUUUUCUUCUUUCACUUUUUUCUUUCUUAAUCUUCUUGUUUACGUUUACAUGCAUGCGUUAUUCUUUGUUCUUUUUGGAUUAAUUUAUUCUUUCGUUUUUUUUUAUUUCUUCGUUCACUUUUCUUCUUUUAUUUUCUAUUUUAUUUGUUCUUUUUCUUUUUGUUAG